UUCUAGGCUCCAUGGCGCUCUUAUUGACUGCGGUCAUUGUUCUUACCUGCUUUGGUGGCCUCGCCUCCCCGGGCCCUGUGCCUCACCCUACAGCCCUCAAGGAGCUCAUUGAAGAGCUGGUUAAUAUCACCCACAACCCGAAGGUGCCGCUGUGCAAUGGCAGCAUGGUGUGGAGCCUCAACCUGACGAACAGCAUGUACUGCGCAGCCCUGGACUCCCUGAUCAGCAUCUCCAACUGCAGCGUCAUCCAAAGGACCAAGAGGAUGCUGAGUGCGCUCUGUUCUCACCAGCCCUCAGCUAAGCAGGUUUCCAGUGAGUACGUCCGAGACACCAAAAUUGAAGUGGCCCAGUUUUUAAAAGACCUGCUCACACAUUCAAGGAUUGCUUUUCGCAAGGGAAAAUUCAACUGAAAUAUGAAAAGCUAGCAUUAUUAUCUGCAGAGGCAGAUCCUGACCAUCUAAAUUGCAGAUUUAUUUUUCUUUCAGAUGUCAGAAAUUCCUUGGGGAGACUAAAGGAGGGUUAGGGAGGGGGGAUAAGACGUCCUUAGCUUAGACUU